GAGAGGAGAGGUGGCGCCCUUAAGAGCUUCAGGACAGGCAAAAUAUCAGCUGGAGGAACUCUCUUUUGACAUAGUGCUUGUAGACGCUUCACUGGUUGAAUGUCUACCUGUCGUGCAGCGGGAGAGAAGUUAAAACAAAUCAAAAGCUGCUUAAAACGGGGAGAAAGGGGUGGGUGUUGUAGGUGGCACAAGCCCCGACAGGAGCAGAGAGGGGAUGAGGCAAGAAGGAACAGGCAUUGUCUACACUCCAAGGUUUCAGACAAGAGUCUAUUGCAGCCUUUCCUGGAGAUGCCAGGGAUUGAAUCUGGGAUCUUCUGCAUGCAAAGCAGAGCUGUCACCUCACUCGGCAUCUUAGUGGAGAGAGGAUGGCCCACCUCCUGCCAGAUCUUUGCAGAGAAAGCCAACUGACUGACAGCAAUCCAUGGGCCAAUGACAAAGCAGACUGCUUGAAAGUGAAGGAGGAGGUCCUGGAUGAGGAGACCACCACCUCUGAGAUUCAGCGCCAGCACUUCCGUCACCUUGGUUACCAGGAGGCCGAGGGACCUCGAGAAAUUUGCAAUCGUCUCUGGGAACUUUGUAAUCUGUGGCUCAAACCAGAGAGACACACGAAAGAGCAGAUUCUGGAGCUGGUGGUUCUGGAGCAGUUCAUGGCCAUCCUCCCACCAGAAAUCCAUAGCUGGAUCCAAGAUGUGGACCCUGAGAACUGCUCCCAGGCAGUGGCCCUGGCUGAAGACUUCCUGAUGAGGCACCAAGAAGAUGAAAGGCAGGAAGAACAGCUGCUGGGGCCGUUCAAAGAGGAGGAAGCUCAUUUUCCUGAGGCUGAAGAAGCUUCAUCCGAUUCCUGGCAGCAAGUGAUCUUAGGGGAGAUCAAGGAGGAGGACGAUGAUGCCUUGCUGGGUGAUGAGAGGGUGUAUGGGGAGGAGCCAGAACGUUCUGGGGAACUGAGACUGCAUGGGACAUUGUUGGGAAGAACCGAACUGAACGUUUCCCACAAUCCCGAGCUGGGGGAAGCCUCCAAGAGCCAGCCAGGCGGCUGCCAUGGGAAGGAAAAGGAAAAAUUAAUUUGCAGUACGCAGGGGUACCAGCAAGUCAAGGGAGCAGCAGGCCAGCCAAGAAUCCAAGAUGAGCGGUUGAAAAAAUGCCCGGAAUGUGGCAAAGGCUUUGUGUGGAGAUCCGAACUUAUUGAACACCAGAGAUCCCACACGGGAGAGAGACCCUAUUCAUGCUCGUACUGCGGGAAAAGCUUCAGCCGCAAAUCAUACAUCAUUAAGCAUGAGAGGAUACACACAGGGGAGAAACCUUACAUCUGCUCCCACUGUGGGAAAGGCUUCAUUUCCAAGUCGGACCUUAUUAAACACGAGAGAACCCACACAGGAGAGAAGCCCUACAUCUGCUCGGACUGCGGGAGAAGCUUCAGUAGGAAGCAGUUCCUUGUCACUCACCGGAGGACGCACACGGGGGAGAAACCCUACAAAUGCUCCGAGUGCGGAAAGAGCUUCAGUCAGCGGACGUGUCUGGUCAUCCACGAGAGGGCCCACACCGGAGAGAAACCGUUCAAAUGUUUGGUUUGUGGGAAGAGCUUUGGCCGGAGGGACAUCCUCAUGACGCAUCAGAAGCUGCACAACAGAGAGAAGGCAUACCAGUGUGCUGACUGGUUGUGAACUGGUUGUUUGUAGCAAGCAUGUAUGCUUUGAGUUUGAGGGCGGCUUCACACGGCUGGCGGCAAGUCUGGUUGCCACAAACCACCCGUUCCUGGUGAGCACACGCUUCCAGCAUGAGCCACGAGUUCCAGUCCUGGCAGGUCAUGCAAACCCGCCCAUGUCUGGUUCCUUAGCCACCCUUCCCUUUGCCACCUGACAUCUGUACCCAAGAUUUGAAGUUGGGUGCCAUGUUCAUUUUUUUUCAUCUGUGUGCGGAAUGAGUUUUGUUCUGGGAGGCAGUAUCAAGGCAUUGUGUAAAUAUGUGCAUUCAGAGUUGGGCCUUCCUGAUUCAACCUGAGCAGGAUCUAAAACCAGGGAGCCAGCGUGGUGUCGUGGCUAGAGUGCCAGACUAGGACCGGGGAGACCCAAGUUCAAAUCCCCAUUCAGCCAUGAAACUAGCUGGGUGACUCUGGGCCAGUCACUCUCUCUCAGCCUAGCCUACUUCACAGGGUUGUUGUUGUGAAGAGAAAUCCAAGUAUGUAGUACACCGCUCUGGGCUCCUUGGAGGAAGAGUGGGAUAUAAAAUGUAAAAAAAUAAAAAAUAAAAUAAAAUAAAAACUAACUGAAUGGACAUCAGAAAACAUGUGAGCGUGCGCAUACACACAUACCUUAGGGCAGGCCUGCUCAACUUAGGCCCCCAGCUGUUUUUGGACUACAACUUGCAUCAUCCCCAGCCACAGUGGCUAAUAGCCAGGGAUUGUGGGAGUUGUGGGCCAACAUCUGCAAGAGGGCCGAAGUUGAGCAGCCCUGCCUUAGAGGGAACACUGGUUGGGUGGCGGAAGGAAGGGCAUCUGGACAUUAGCGGGUUUGCACAAUGUGACAGGAUGAACUCAUGGCUCAGGCUAGGAGUGCAUGCACACUAGGAACUGGUGGUUUGCAGCAACCACUCUGUAACUGUAUAUAUUUGAGAAGUACAUUAAAAAGCAAAGCUGAGAGUACAGGAAAAGAACUUGAAUGGUGUAAAACCACAGGGCCCCUUCACAUCUAACGCUAUUCAGUCUCAGAUGCUUUUAAGUGAAUAUCCAGACAUGUAAUGUGUGAAUGAAGCACACCCUUGUACCAGACAGAUAAUGCUGAUCAGAGAGCCAAGCCUGGCUGCAUUUCCCUGAUGAAUUUUCUGUUUACAUACAUCAGUCAAGAAGUUUCUCACAAGCCCUAAAAAAUAAGAGUCAAACCCUGUUUUUUUAGAUUGUAUGCCUGGGCCAUAAACUCUCUUUUAGUAUUGUACAGCAUCUAGUGUUCCUUUCAAGCCCUUGAUAGAAAAUAAAUAAAGGAAUAGGUGUGUGUGUGUGUGUUCUUUCUGAGGAGUGUGGGGCAGAUGACAAUUAGAAAGCAUUGAUUUAUUUUUAUUAUUAUUAAAUGUUUAUUUAAAUGUUGAUAUAGUGGAACAAAAUAAAAAAACAAUUUUACCACCUA